UUCUUUUGUCCUCUUUCACAAAAUGUGGAUGUUUUUAUGAUUUUUCGCCCAACUUCUAUUUUUUUUUUGUUAGUAAAACAAUUUUAACUUUAAGAAAAAAAAAUGCAAUUUUAGAUUUUUUUUCUCACUAAGUACGGAUUUAUAAAAUAUGAAUUUGCUUACCAUAUGUCCACAGUCCCAAAGGUUAGAUCUACAAACUAUAAUAAAGUGGCCACCUUGUGGUAAAACAUAUUUCUGUCCUCUCAUCCAGCUUAACAGUCACGGCAGGCCAGAAAUGAACAUGCAACGUUUGACAGAGAGAAAGAAAGAGAGAGGGAGAAAAAAAAAAAAAAAACACUACAUCACAACGGCUUAUGACCUUUUCGGAAGUGUUUUUCUGUGAUAAUAAAUAGAGACGUCUCUGCGCAGCCUAUCGGAUUCCGGGAUGCAAUACGCAUCCAAAUGAAACGAACGCCAGUCCUUUCACUAAUCCUUUUCUAUCCUUUUUAUCUCGGGACUCAUAGCCGUCUGAUCACUAUGGGACAGCGGAGCGGUGGUACAAAGCCAUGCAGAUGACAGUUCUGUAAAAAAGAGAAGAAAAGUCAGUUUGACUUUAGUGCUGCAAACUGGGCGCAUGUAGGCCGACUGCGUAAAAUUGCGCCAAAAUGUUGCCCUUGGUGCUGCUGGUGCUCUGCAUGGUCACAGGGGAACUCGUCUUUCCAGUGAGCUCCUGCCCUUCUCAGUGCAGCUGUUUCUACCACAACUUGAGUGACGGGUCAAAAGCCAGGAGUGUGAUAUGCAAUGAUCCUGAGAUAUCUACCGUGCCAAACGGAUUUCCCGUUGACACAUCCAAGCUGCGGAUUGAGAAGACGUCCAUUAAGACGAUACCAAGCGAAGCCUUCAGCUACCUCUCCAGCCUGGAAUUCCUGUGGAUGUCCUUCAACACUCUGUCCACCUUGAGUCCGGACAGUUUCCAGGGCCUGGACAACCUGGAAGAGCUCCGUCUGGACGGGAAUGACCUCAACGCCUUUCCGUGGGAAUCCCUCAUGGACAUGCCCAGCCUGAGACUUCUCGAUUUGCACAAUAACCAGCUCACCUUGUUGCCCGCUGACGCCACCACGUACAUUAAGAACCUCACAUACCUGGAUCUGUCCAGCAACAGCCUGCUGAGCCUGUCGGCAGAGGUGCUGUCAACGUGGCUGGCCGCGAAGCCCACACAAGGUCCUGAGAGCUCCAAGAUGAUCCUUGGUCUCCAUGACAACCCCUGGGUAUGUGACUGCCGGCUCUUUGACCUGGUCCAGUUUCAGAAGUCGCCCACUCUUUCAGUGGCAUUCAUCGACACAAGACUGCGUUGUUCCGCCCCGGAGAGCCUGUCCGGGGUGCUGUUCAGCGACGCAGAGUUACGUCAGUGUCAGCUCCCGAGCGUCCACACAGCUGUGGCACGAGUCCGCAGCCCUGUCGGAAACAACGUGCUGCUCCGCUGUGGCACCAUCGGAGUUCCCAUUCCCGAUUUGACCUGGCGCAGGGCAGAUGGGCAGAUCCUCAAUGGAACAGUCCAGCAGGAAACAUCGAAGGAGGGAAUCACCUGGUCCAUCCUCAGUGUCCCAGCUGUGUCCUUCCGGGAUUCAGGGAAAUUCAUCUGCACCGCCUCCAACUAUGCAGGGAAUGCCGAGGCCAUCAUUUCCCUCGUUGUCUCCAACUCAUCAAAACUUGAAGGGAAUCAGACCGCCAACGACAAGAAGCCCAAGGUCAAGAAACCAAACCAAAUGGGCAAAGCGGCUUAUCAGGAAAAACUAGUGGCCAGAUAUGUAGCUCAGACCUCCUCCAGCUCAUCUUCGUCCACCGCGGAUCCUGACCUUUCACCUGGUCCUGGUCCUGACCAGGGACCGGCCAGCUAUAGUCUGACUGACAGGGCCCCCCAGGGGGCCGCCACUUCCUCCAACCCCGAUGGUCUUCUUGACUUGGAGAAGACGAAUCUGAGCAACCUGGCAGCCAACACUUCAUCGCUGCAGCAGGACCCCGACAGACUGGUCCGCUCCGUCAAGGUGGUGGGGGACACUGACAACACGAUCUCCCUGAACUGGAGGGCACCCAAAGCAAAGAACACAACAGCGUUCAUCGUGUUGUACGCCGUGUUUGGAGAGCGAGACAUGAGGAAGAUAAACGUGGGAGCAGGGCAGACGCGAGUCACCAUCGACGGGCUGGUGCCCAGGACCAAGUACAUCGCCUGUGUGUGCGUGAAGGGGCUGAUCCCCAAGAAGGAGCAGUGUGUCAUUUUCUCCACCGAUGAAGCCGCGAGUGCGACAGGCACCCAGAAGCUGAUCAACGUAAUAGUGAUCACCGUGGCUUGUGUCAUUGCAGUCCCACUCACGGUUAUCGUUUGUUGUGGGGCCCUGAAGAGACGCAUUCAAAAGUACUGGGGCAAGAAAUCGAAGGACAUUCAAGAUUCAUAUGUGACUUUUGAAACUCUGUCGCCCGCUACUAAAGCUAAAGGGCUCGAAGGCGAAUACCUGAACAGACUGAACCCCGAAGAGUCCAACAGGCUGCUGUCGGCCCGCUCCAGCCUGGACUCGGAGGCCACGGCUAAAAUAGAGGGACAGCCUAACGAGUACUUCUGCUGACGUCAUGCUCCAGCUCCGGCUCCCGCGCCACGCCACGCUCCCCGGACUCACCACCACCAGCGCCGCACUUCAAACCCCAACGCUCACUAUCACCGCUGCCCACAAGUCCACUUCCACCCACACCCGUACCCGCACCACCGUCCAUACCCCCACCCCACUCAGCACCCUGACGUCAGCCCCCCUCCCACACGCACCCAGUCCCCCACUCAGUGGGAUUCCCCACCGCCCGUCCCUCCCCGCUGGAUAAUGCCACCAACUCCCCCUCCACAGAGAGCCAACUUCUAUCAGAGGACUUUUGCACGCUGCACUAUAAUGGAAAUAUCGGUUUGAAGGAAUUGAUGAGAACACCUCUCUAAUGUUGCACAAUGACUCAAACAUUUGCUGUCUCGUGUAAAAGUACUCACUCACUGGAGUUUUGAUUUCAUUCAACCCAAUCUGAUUCAAAGGGAACUCAGUGGUAGACACUCCGUUGUUUGUAUCUCACAUGUACGAUUUGUAAAUAUUUAUCGGCUAGUGUACACACACAGUUAACCCUGUGCCUCUGUAUGUAUCUGUCAUAUGUUCACAGAGAAGAUAUACACACAGGCAUGGUUCAUCACUGCUGAAUGGAGACGAGCUGGAGCUGGAGAGACGUACACAAAAGAACUGAACUAUGACACCAUGUAAAUAAAGUAGAAAUUAUGCAAAAUGA